AUGCGUGUCACUCUUGUCCUUUCCUGCCUAUGGGUCGCACUUGUCACCGCAUUGCCCCCCGGAGAAGUCGACAGGUCUACGGGCCUAGCCGACGGGCUCUUCAAGCGACAGAGGUGCUCCUCUUGCAGACGUACAUGCAUUACGUCCAGCGGCGAAGAAUGCACUCAGGUGGGGUCAAAUGGAGAAUGCGGCAUUGAUUGUAUGCCGGGCGACCUUUGCCCCGAAGCGAGCGGAUGCCUUUGCAACUGUUAA